GUGCAUAAUCAAGCUGAGAGAGAGAGAAUGGUGAACGCUGUCAAGAUUUACAAGCCCCUGUUGCGAGCGACCAUGAGGCUCGCCGGAUUGACACCUCAAAAGAUCGAGGUCGAACCUGGGACUGUCAUGAAUAUCUGGGCUCCGACCCGAUCCAAGAAGAAUGCCAACAACAGUAAAAAACCAGCCGUCGUCUUCCUCCACGGCUUCUUUGCUGACGGCAUCCUGACAUGGCAGUUCCAAGUCCUCGCCCUUGCGAGGGACUAUGCAGUCUACGUGCCGGACCUCCUCUUCUUCGGUGGUUCCUCCACCGGCGACGGCCGCCGGACUGUGGGAUUCCAGGCGGAGUGCCUGGCAAGGGGGCUGGCAAAACUGGGAGUGCAGCAGUGCACAGUGGUCGGGUUCAGCUACGGCGCGGUGGUGGCGUUCAGGUUGGCCGAGUUGCAGCCUGAGCUGGUCGAGUCAGUGGUGGCGACGUGCUCUGGCCCGGUGUUGACGGAGUCGCUGAGCCGAGAGUGCUUAGAGAGGUUGGGGUUUCCGACGUGGUCGGAAUUUCUGUUGCCUGAUUCGGCGAGUGCACUGAAGAAGUUGCUUGAAAUUAGCAGCUUCCACUUCCCCAUACUCCCCAAAUGUGUUUUCAAGCACGCUUUAGAGGACCAAGCACUAGAAUUGAUGGAUGGUGGUUGA